AUGGAGGAUGACUCGCCGAUUGAACAAGUGCGACUAACAGUUCCUCCAACAGAUGAUGCAACAUUGCAGGUGUUAACAUUUCGUAUGUGGAUUCUUGGUGUUCCACUUUGCAUCUUGCACUCGGUGUUGGUUCGAAUUGGUUAUUUCAGGCAGCCAUUCGUUUACAUAUCGUCAAUUUGUUUCGACAUCUUCAUGUUCAGUGGAGGUAAUAUGUUGGCCAAGGUUUUGCCAAAUAAAGUUGUUAGGAUUCCGGGUACAAGAUGGAGUUUUUCGCUGAAUCCAUGCUCUUUCAAUGUCAAAGAACAUAUCACCAUGUCCAUAUUUGUCAACUCAAUAGGCAGUCCAGGAUUUCUCAACAUUAGCAUAGCCAAGAUCUUUUACCAUAGAGAAAUUCAUAUUUUGCCCGCUUUACUCUUGGUUAUAUCAACUCAGUUUUUAGGUUUCGGAUUUGCUGGUUUGUUUCUAAAAGUUUUUGUGGAUUCAGCAUAUAUGUGGUGGCCCAAUGUAAUUGCCAAUAUCUCGUUCUACAGGUCACUUUGGCAGCAGUUUAAGAAUGCAUAUAAAGAUGACGAGCAAGAUGUGCAUUCAAGGCUAAUGAAGCAAAACUAUGAAUCUGUUCCUCAAUGGUGGUUUUACUUCAUAUUUUUCCCAAUGAUCGGAAUGGCAAUUCUAGUCUGUGAAGGUUUUGGAGGUCAAAUUCAACUUCGUUAUUGGGAGGUUUUAUUGGCAUGCGCUCUGGUGCUUCUGUUCCUUCCUGUGGAAACUGUACUUCGAGCAAUUAGUGGUCUGGGAUUCUCAUUAGAUCUGUUACUAGAAACCAUCAUUGGAUAUAUGAAUCCAGGCAAACCUAUAGCCAACUUGGCUUUCAAACUAUACGCAUCAGAGGCUCACCUUUUGGCAUCAUCUGUUAUAUAUAACUUCAAGUUAUCACACUACGCCAAGAUUCCUCCAAAAGUCUUAUUUCGUAUCAUGAUUCUAAGCACGGUGAUUUCAUGCUUCACUGAUUUUGGCAUAGCAUGGUGGAUACUUCAAUCAAUAGACAAUAUUUGUCAACCAGAAUUGCUUCCCAGAGGAAGUCCUUGGACUUGUCCUAGUGAGAGAGUGACAUACAUAUCUUCGGUAACAUGGGGACUUGUCGGACCUAGUAAGAUGUUCUAUCCCAAUGGAUUUUUAUCAGUCAAGAAUAUCAGACUUUUCUCAUACAUUGAGCUAAAAUCAGCUACAGUCAAUUUUCAUCCAAACAACAAGAUUGAUCAAGGUGGUUUUGGAACAAUAUACAAGUUCUUGGAGAUAGUUCUUGAAGACAAGAUUCAUCUGGUUGCCAAAAUGCAAAUUGUCAUAGUUCCUGGAGAUGAACCUCUAAGAUCGUAUCAAUCCUCUUUCAACUCUAGGACCUCAGGCUCCUCCUUGGCUCACACUAAUCCAUGGGAAGAUAUUGUUACACAAGCUUUUGGAAGUGGGGGUGAGAAUGCAUUCAUUAAGGUCUUCUGA